AUGUCCAGCAGUUUGUCCAGCGUUCUCUUCUCUUCCACCGUCACCAGAGAGUCCAGCUUCAUGCUGACCACAGAGCCAACCCACCUGAUCAGGUCGGAGGGAAAGAGUCAAUCGGAGACGUGGAGAGAGAGAGAGGUUUGGAGCGGUUUUCCCAGUCUUCCCAGUGGAUGGACUCUGCUGUUUUUCCUGGUGCUGUUUCGUGCUCAUUCUUCCUGGUGGUUCCUGGUGGUUCCUGAGGUCCCGACAGCUCCGGUGGUUCCUGGUACUAGCUGCUCCGGUCUUACUGCCAUUGCUCUGGUGACUGUUAGCUCCCCUAUCAAUUCAUUUGGGAUUUACGUACUGAGGGUCGGAGGGAAAGAGUCAAUCGGAGACGUGGAGAGAGAGAGAGGUUUGGAGCGGUUUUCCCAGUCUUCCCAGUGGAUGGACUCUGCUGUUUUUCCUGGUGCUGUUUCGUGCUCAUUCUUCCUGGUGGUUCCUGAGGUCCCGACAGCUCCGGUGGUUACUGGUACUAGCUGCUCCGGUCUUACUGCCAUUGCUCUGGUGACUGUUAGCUCCCCUAUCAAUUCAUUUGGGAUUUAUGAACAAGAUGAGAUGGAUCAGGGUGAGGAGCUUGUUUGCAGUAACAAAGUCAUCAUGUAGGACCCAUAGAUGGAAGAUCUCACCUGUUCAAAAGGGCCCAUCAUCACGUCUGAAAUGCGUCCACCACCACCAGGACCUCCAGGACCACCAGGACCUCCAGGACCUCCACACUGUAGCUGACUGCAUCUCAGAGAGUGAUGCAGACUCCCGUCUGUAUGCAGGGAGUCCACUCAGAGAAUUUCAAACACUUCACCGUCAAUGCCGGUUGUGACACAAAUUCUAAUGACUUUGAUGAAACUAAGACAAAACUUUGUCAUGGCUGAUUUAUUACACAGAUUUAAAAUAUCACAAGAUCAGGUCAAGAAGAGGGGGGACUGUGGACAGACGUCAUGUGAAGCAUCUCACUGUGUGGCUGAAACAAUCAAAGCAACGCUGCCAAAAGCUUUUAAAGAGCAUGUUGCUAAUAAAAUGUGACUCCACAGUCAGUUUUCAAAAAGCAAAAAAACCUGGAUUCAAGAAGUGACUCAUACAGUCACUAUUAUGCAAAUAACACAGUUAAGUAUUUAGUGGCUGUUUCCCCAUCUGGAAUAAUCAUGUUUAUUUCUGACACUUAUGGUGGAAAAUGUGACAUGUACAAAACAUAAAUGUU